CUCUCCGGCCCCCGUAGGCGGGAAGCGAAAAGUGCCUGUCAACAUGGAAGUGAAUCCCCCCAAACAGGAGCACCUGCUGGCCCUGAAAGUGAUGCGGUUGACUAAGCCUACUUUAUUCACCAAUAUCCCAGUAACCUGUGAAGAGAAAGAUUUACCAGGAGAUCUCUUUAACCAACUCAUGAGAGAUGACCCUUCAACUGUAAAUGGUGCAGAAAUUUUAAUGUUGGGUGAAAUGUUAACUUUACCACAGAAUUUUGGGAACAUAUUUCUGGGAGAAACUUUUUCCAGUUAUAUCAGCGUUCAUAAUGAUAGCAGUCAAGUUGUAAAAGACAUAUUGGUAAAAGCUGAUCUUCAGACAAGUUCACAGCGUUUAAAUCUUUCAGCCUCCAAUGCUGCAGUAGCUGAACUAAAACCCGAUUGCUGUAUUGAUGAUGUCAUACACCAUGAAGUAAAGGAAAUUGGAACACAUAUCUUGGUGUGUGCAGUGAGUUAUACAACUCAGGGUGGAGAAAAAAUGUACUUUAGAAAAUUCUUCAAAUUUCAGGUUCUCAAGCCAUUAGAUGUGAAAACCAAAUUUUACAAUGCAGAGACUGAUGAAGUGUUUCUGGAAGCCCAGAUUCAGAAUAUUACAACCUCACCCAUGUUUAUGGAGAAAGUUUCAUUGGAACCAUCAAUUAUGUACAAUGUAGCAGAAUUAAAUUCAGUUAACCAAGCUGGAAAAUGCGUAACUACAUUUGGGUCCAGAACAUAUCUACAGCCCAUGGAUACACGCCAAUAUUUGUACUGCCUAAAGCCCAAGAAGGAGUUUGCAGAAAAAGCAGGCAUCAUUAAGGGAGUAACUGUAAUUGGAAAAUUGGACAUAGUAUGGAAAACAAAUCUAGGUGAAAGGGGAAGAUUACAGACCAGCCAGCUUCAGAGAAUGGCUCCAGGUUAUGGUGAUGUCAGGUUGUCUCUGGAGGCAAUUCCAGAUACUGUAAACCUAGAGGAACCUUUUCAUAUUACCUGUAAAAUAACAAACUGCAGCAGUGAACGGACUAUGGACCUGGUUUUGGAAAUGUGCAAUACCAAUGCUAUCCACUGGUGUGGCAUUUCAGGAAGACAACUUGGAAAGCUCGACCCAAGUUCAUCUCUCUGCCUUGCCCUAACUCUUCUCUCUUCAGUACAGGGACUGCAAAGUGUCUCCGGCUUAAGACUAACAGACACAUUCUUAAAGAGGACAUAUGAAUAUGACGACAUCGCACAAGUCUGUGUGGUAUCUUCGGCUGUUAAAGUGGAAAACUGACGAAAAUUUCCCAGCAUUAUACUUUUAACUGAGCUUCACAGAACUUCUGGUGUCUUAUCAUCAUUGUAAAAAGACCAAGUCAGUAGCAAAAAGAAAUAUGUGUUAUUUAAAUUUCUUUUCUGUAAACUAGGAUAUUAAAUACUUGUUUUUUAAAAGAAAAA